AUGAGCGUUGUCACUUCACGAUCAUGGUCUAUUAUGCAUAAUGGCUUAAGCUCAGCCCUCUUACUAGGUCUUCUGGGUGGUACUGCUCGAGACACCGAAGUGCGAGAUUUGCAAGGCAAGAUUCUGGAAAGCUAUUGUUGCGCUCAAGAGGUCUACACUGAUUAUGAAAGUAACACUUUACACACUGGAGGUCAUCUUACACCCGAAACUGGAAAUGUGGGAAGAUUUCCGAAUGUUGCCAAAGGUGCAUGGUAA